UCCCGAUUCGUUGCCGACUGGAGCAUGGAGACGCAGAGUCGGUCGGUCACCAAGGCCAAGUCGCGCAAGGCGAAGCGCGGGAAGAAGGCGGGCAGCCCCAAGCACGAGACAGCCGGCGACGACGAUGGCGUCCGCGCAGCCGAAACCACGGCUCCAGACGACGCCGAUGAGUUCUUCGAUGCAGACGCGAGCAUCGUCGAGUCGCCGGCGGAUGUCGAGGUCGAGGCCGAGCCCACGAUUCGCCACUUGGGAAGCGACGAUGGAACGUACUUUGACACACUCGCCGGCGAAUUGGCAGCGCACGAGGCCGACGACGCGGACGAGACGCUCAUGGACGCCGUGGCCGCCGACGCCGAGGCGAGCGCCGAGAGCGAGGCUGCGGAUGAGCCCAUCUUCGACGCCGAGGCGAACGAAGCGACCGACCUCGCCGAAGAACCAACCGAAGACGCACCCACUGAAGUCACCAGUCUUGAUGAAGAAGCCAUUGCCGACAACGACGCGAUGCAAGAUGGCGAUGAUGACGCUGGCGCGCUGGAAGCAUGCGACGUGGCCAGCACCGAGCCAAGCACGGAGGAAGCUGCGGAGUCAACGGUAGACGACACGGAUGCAGUCGCCGACGAAGCACUGCCCAGUACCGACGAGGCAGACGACGCACCAUUCAGCCAUGUGGUGACGGACGACACAUCACCCCUCGAGACCGUGGACGCCGUUGAGCCCAUCGACGCGCCAGCUGAUGAUGAUGGGACGUUGCUGGACGAAGCGGCGGUCCUGCCUCUCGACAAUGAGGAAGUGAUCGAUGUGCCAUCGCUUGAGACCGAGGCAGCUGCACCGUCGCUGGAAGAGGCAACGGACGAGCCACCACCUGUCGACAACGCCGACGAUAGCAACGAGAUGGAAACGCUCGAGGACGCCACCGACGCGAUCGCCUUGGCGGAGUGCGAAGCCACCGACGAAGGCGACGUUGCAGAGCUUCUGACUCUCGAUGACACGGCGGCAACCGACGUCAGUGAAGCACAAGACAGCGCAGUGCCAGAUGCAGGCACCGAGGACGGCAACACUGGCUUCGAUUCUGAGGACGCUCCCGAAGCAGUGGCACCAGAGCAUGCGGUCGACGACACUCCAGUGGAGAACAGCGAGGGUGGUGACGACGGCCAAGAGACAUUGACGAUGUCGGCCGCUGACGAAACCACCAAUCACGUCGUUGCGUUUCCCGACAGUUCUGAUGAAGCCACUGCACCCGUCGAUGAUGUCGGCGAGACCGACGAGGUCGCGUCACCGGCGGAAGAAGUGCUCGAGGCAGCAGAGUCUAUCGCAGACGGCUUGCCCCUCGACGAGGCGCCAGGCUCCGAUGUUGUCGAAGCUGUGGCAGUCGAGGUCGAGACCUCGACCGACCUGCCCGUCGAGCCCAGCACUGUUGAUGAAGUGGAAACCAUGGUGGCGCCACUGUCCAUGGACGACGACGAAGAGGAAGAUGCAGUCGUACCGCCGCCGGCGCCCGUCGACGCGCCGCGUCCUGUGACCGAGCGUCUUUUGAGUAGCAAGACGCAGUUUGAAGGGGUGCUCAACCCCGGUCACGACAGCGAGUCCGACUCGGAGGACGACGAUGCGGACGCUACGCCGGUGCCCGAGCCACUCAACCUUCGCGCCACAGUGGUCGACGACGACGAACUCGAGGUCAACGUCGAGAUCGCCCAAACCAUAACCAAGGCUGCACCGGCCAACCCGCUGGCCGCCGCCAUGGCGACUGCCGUCGCUGAGACCGCAAUGGUGCCAGAGACAGCGGUGGCCACCGAUUCAAUCGCGUUCUCUGCGUUUGACGAGCCGGAUCCCAGUGCGUCGGCGGAUGUCUUUGGCAUUGCCUACGAAAAGGUCCAGCGACCGACGGCGGCAGCAACCGCGGGGUACUCGAUCGGUGACGGGUUCGACGAGCCCGAUGUACCGCUCUACUCGGCCAAGUCGACACGCGACGACAGCGGCGCCGAUGACUUUGAAGUCGUCGAGCUCCAGCCGUCCCAAGUGCUCGACGUUGAAAAGACACGCGCGGCGUUGCAGGCCCGCGACGAGGCUUCGGAGCGAGCGCUCCUCGAGCAAAUGCAAGCGGCGACACGCGCCGAGCGUAGUCAGAAUGCUCGAUCGGAUACACCUGUCUUCCCUGCGACUGCCAACGACGGGUCCUUGGCGACCGGGCCCACCGUGCUCGCCGAGAUGCACGACAUGUACAAGCGGGGUUUGGGCGACCAGGAAGUGGCACAGAUAACGAACACGGCAGCGUCGCCGGCGCCAAGUCAUGAACUCCUCGAGGAAGACGAAGACGCAAUGGACGAAGAAGACGACCGCGAGCGCCGUGCGUUGGCGCAGCAGCGUCAAGAAGAGAUGGCCCAUGAAGCCGAGUGGGAACAUCUCCAGACGUUCCAAGACGCACCGCGCGAGGUCGCAUUCCGUGUCAUCAAGUGGAACGAAGCGCUCGAGCACUUUGGCUCGUCGUCCUACUGUCUGGCAUACCGCGAAGCCAUCGUGGUCGCCGACGACUCGGGGCGCACCGGGUGUUUUGCAUGCUUCCGCGGGCCGACGCUAGCGUUUCCGAUGGCCAGCAACCAGCGCGAACUGCUCUUUUGCAUUGCCAUGUGCAGCUUCAACAGCGCGAUUCCCGAGCACUACCGCAUGCUGCAGACCGUGUACCAGAAGAUCACCCACUGCCGCAACGAGUGCCCCCUCACGGGGUCGCACUGGGAAGUGCUCGGCUUCCAAGGCAACGACCCGGCCACGGACCUCCGCGGUGCUGGCAUGCUCUCGCUCCUCCAAGUGCUCUACCUUAUCGAGAACCACUACGAGAUUCUCGCCAAGUUCCAUUAUGCGUCCAAGCACGAAGAGCACCAUUUCCCCAUGAUGUGCGUGCUCAUCAACAUGACGCUGCAUACGAUGCUCGCGCUGCGCUCGGGCGCGCUCAUCCCCGCAUGCAACCGCCACAAGGACGUGGCCGCCGGCAUGAACCAGCUGUACGUGUCGAUGGUCGUCAAGCUCCUCUCCGAGUGGCAGACCAAGGCGUGCGCGGACGCUGCGUUCCCGAUGGUCAUGAAGGACGUGCUCGACCUCGGGAAGGACAACCCGCUUCGGCUCAUCGCCGAGAUGGAGCAUGUGAUCCGAACGUUGAGCCACCGGACGACGGCGACGACGAGCCCGGACGAGCUGGACGGCGAAGUGGUCGACUUUACCGAUAUCGAAUGACGAUCUAGUGUAUUCUCUUCUUCUUC